AAAACUUUUUUACAAGUUACAAACCCCCCUUGGCCCCUUCUCUCUAUCUCUCUCAGUAGAUUCAUCCGUAAUCCUUUCCAAAUUUCCAUUUGAAGUUUCGUGUGGGAGUUACUUUACUUCAUUACUCCUACAAAAGCUUUAACAUUGGAAACUUGGAUCUGCCACAAAUUUCAUCAACAAAUUCAGAAUUGCAGAUACCGCGAAAUAAUCUUGACUCUUGUGUACAUAGGACAGAUUGGAUCUUCAAAUAUAGGAAUUUUCUUCAUGAUUGGUGGCUGAAGAGAUAUAAUAAUUUGAAGCUCUUGAUUCUUACAUGGAUCCUUUCCUCAAACCCAGUAGCGUUCCAGAGACAUGGCAUUUCCUUAUAGCUAUAUAUUUCUCCAUUUUCUUCGUUGGUGCUAGGUUCAUCUUCGACAAAUUUGUAUUUCGUAGGUUAUCAAUAUGGUUGUUAGGUAAAGGAAGAGCUGCACCACUGAAGUUUGAUGAGGCUACACAAGCAAAAAUCAUAAAGUGCUCUGAAUCACUAUGGAAGCUGACUUACUAUGCUACUGUGGAGGCAUCAAUUCUUCGCAUUACCUAUAAUGAACCAUGGUUUACAGAUACAAAGGAGUACUUUAAAGGAUGGCCUAAUCAAGAUCUCUCGCUUCCUUUGAAACUUUUCUAUAUGUGCCAAUGCGGAUUCUAUGUCUACAGCAUUGCUGCCCUUCUUACAUGGGAAACUCGAAGGAAGGAUUUUGCAGUGAUGAUGUCUCAUCAUGUGAUCACUGUUAUGCUUAUUGGCUACUCUUAUAUCACUGGGUUUUUCAGGAUUGGAUCAAUUAUCUUAGCCCUGCAUGAUGCAAGUGAUGUUUUUAUGGAAGCUGCCAAAGUUUUUAAAUAUUCUGAGAAAGAGCUUGGAGCAAGCGUGUGCUUUGGUCUAUUUGCUCUUUCAUGGCUCAUCUUACGGCUAAUAUUCUUUCCCUUCUGGGUAAUAAGCGCUACCAGCUAUGAUCUCUGUGAUUACUUGAAGCUUUCAGAGCCCUAUCCAACAUCCAUGUACUAUGUCUUCAAUACCAUGUUGUUGAUGUUGCUUGUUUUCCAUGUGUACUGGUGGAUUCUCAUAUGCUCAAUGAUAAUGCGGCAGCUGAAAAACAAAGGAAAAGUUGGGGAAGAUAUAAGAUCUGAUUCAGAGGAUGACGAAUAGAUAGAAGAUUUUGGUUCCAAUUAAUCCAUCUUGGAUUUUGGGAAUUUUUUGCAUACAGAGCAUUUAGAAGAAUAUUGCACAUCUCAAAUUGUUCUUGAAUUGAUUUCGAGCUGGAAAAUGGUGUGAAGGUCAAGUGCUUCCGUUGGAUAUAAUUUUGCUGUAUAAAUGACAGGUUUUCUUGUAAAAUUGUUCCAUGUCGAGCAUCACGUCCUUGACAGUGAACUAGAAACCAUAUAUUGCGGAGAGCUGCGACUCAUCUUCCUCUGCUGUUGCCUCUGUACUUCAGUAGCCGUUAAAGUGCUCUUGGAGCUACAUGUCAUUGUCAGAUGAAGUAGUCGAUUAAUGAAAAACUAUCAAAUGUUAUAGAUCAUAGAAGUGUAAAAUUUUGACCCCCUCUCCUUUUCAAUUCUACCUUUUGUGCGAUUCUGCCAGUCAGAUUCGUGUUAUCUGUUCGAAUUUUUCAAGGAUCCAGAGUUGAGUUUUUUAGAUUCUUCGCAUGCCUUUUAGUGCUGAAGGUACCUACUCGAUUUCACAAUGAUUUAUCUCAGUUCUAUUCUCUGUGCGACUCUUUGGUCAGAGAUUUAGUGCUGAAUGAAGAGUGGCAAUGCCUAGCUACAUACUUGAAUUGAAAACCUUUUUCGUA